AUGUCUGCUACCGCCAACAAUCCGCCGGCGCGCGCAUUGCGUUAUAUUCCAAGUUUCAAGCACAAUCACACACUAUCAUCGAGGACUUUUCGAGAUUUCAUCUUCAGUGCAUCUGUGUUUAUCGGGGUAUGCAUGUAUCUGGUCGCCAACAUGCGCGCAACACUCGAAUGGCUCGCCUUCGGAUCGGCGGUGGUUUUGGCUGAGUUGAUCGCAGCUCCACGGCGAGGUGAAGCACUCCCUAAUCCAGCAGGCGUGAGUCUUCAUCCUUCCCUACAGGCUUAUACAAUCUGUCUAACCAUUAUCCAGGAGAUCGCACUUUUCGAAACAUCCCAGUACUCAUUCAAAACCCAUUCCUCAACGAAAGGGUGGAGUAUUAUGGAUCUGGAUACUGGGAGUAUCUCGGUUCUUACCGAAGACAGCAAUAUCGCAGAGAUGACCUGGCUAGGGUCGACUCCUUCCGGAGUGCUGUACAUCAACGACACUAACACCGAAAUCCCUGGGGGUGUUGAACUAUGGAUUGCGGAAACGUCUGAUUUCAUCAACUCUCGGUACAAGGCUGCGUCUCUACCGGCAUCGUUUUCGGGGCUGAAGACCGCUGUCGCGGAAUCGGGAGAUAUUCAUUUUCUUGUCCAUGGACAGUCUUAUUCUAACGGCACCGCGUACAACGAGAAGUUGGUGACAGCUUCUCUCAGCUCAGCUCGCAUCUACGAUAGCAUCUACGUGAGGCAUUGGGAUACCUGGCUUACUCCGACUUUCAACGCCGUAUUUUCGGGGGCUUUGAGAAGGACGGACAGCAGGCAACGGGCGACACCACAUUACCGCAUGCGGGAAUCUCUCAAAAAUCUGGUCGCGGGUGUCAAGAACCUUGAAUCUCCGUCUCCCCCAUUCGGCGGCUCGUCUGACUAUGAUAUUUCUCCUAACGGAAAAUUGGUUGCUUUCAAGAGUAAAGCUCCGGAGCUACCGCGUGCCAAUUAUACAGCCUCAUACAUCUACCUCACUUCUCACGAUGGCUCUCAUAAUCCAGUUGCAAUCAAUGGACCGCAUAGUCCAUACCAACCGGCCGGUAUUCGAGGGGAUUCCAGUGGUCCUGCAUUCUCUCCAGACAGCAGUCAGCUUGCAUACUUUCAAAUGGAAGACAUUUCCUACGAGUCGGAUCAUCGCACGCUUUAUGUGUACACCAUUGGCUCGCAGGAGACUAUUCCUAGUGUCGUCAGGGACUGGGAUCGUUCCCCGGACGCAGUCAAAUGGACGAGAGAUGGUCAGAGCCUCAUUGUCAGGUGUGAAGAUAAGGCUCGGAGCCACUUGUUUCACGUACCUGUUGAUGCACCUGAUAGUUUUGUUCCACACAGAUUGACAGAGAAUGAGUGGGUAUCUGCAUACUACAUGCUGCCUGACGGGGAUAUGCUGGUAACUGGAUCAACCAUUUGGAAUUCUUGGAAAGUCUUUAGAACGGACCAAGGAUCCGGUUUCCCAAAGCUGCUAUUCCUGGCAAACGAAGUCGACCCUGCCCUUCGGGGGCUCAGUGCGGCCGAUGUGGAUGAGUUUUACUUCAAAGGAAGCUGGACUGAUAUUCAUUCUUGGAUUAUAUAUCCGGCAAACUUCGACAAGACGAGGUCUUACCCACUACUGCUUUUCGUUCAUGGUGGCCCACAAGGCUCCUGGGGAAAUUCCUGGAGCACGCGAUGGAACUACAAGGUCUUCGCGGACCAGGGUUAUGUGGUGGUUGCACCCAACCCAACGGGCAGCUCAGGGUUUGGGGACAAGCUAACCGAUAUGAUUCAAAACAACUGGGGGGGCUAUCCCUAUGAAGAUCUGGUAAGAUGUUGGGAGUAUGUCCGCGAUAACUUCGAGUUUGUCGACACCGAUCAUGGUGUAGCCGCAGGUGCUAGCUACGGGGGGUUCAUGAUCAAUUGGAUCCAAGGAAAUCCGCUAGGCCGGAAGUUCAAAGCACUGGUCACCCACGACGGAACGUUUGUAGCAGAUGCUAAGAUUUCGACUGAGGAGUUAUGGUUUAUGGAACAUGACUUUAAUGGCACCUUCUGGGCAAACCGAUACAACUAUCGACGAUGGGAUCCAUCUGCUCCAGAGCACAUUCUGCAAUUCAGCACGCCCCAUCUGAUCAUCCACAGCUCAAAGGAUUACCGGCUUCCUGUAGCUGAGGGUCUUAGUCUGUUCAAUGUUUUGCAAGAGCGUGGCGUACCCAGUCGUCUACUCAAUUUCCCGGAUGAGAACCAUUGGGUAACCGACCCUGAGAAUAGUCUUGUAUGGCACCAGCAGGUUCUUGGCUGGCUGAAUAGGUACUCAGGCUUGGAGGAAAGCAAUCCUUCUGCCGUCAGUCUCGAUGAUACUGUUGUUCCGGUCGUGAAUUACAAUCCUUAG